CUAUCACGCUUGCGCAAAGAAAUACAAGAUGGCGGAGAGUGCGGAACUGAAGCAAAUGGUGAUGAGCCUGCGCGUGUCGGAGCUGCAGGUACUGCUGGGCUACGCCGGGCGCAACAAGCACGGACGCAAGCACGAGCUGCUGACCAAGGCCCUGCACCUGCUGAAGGCCGGCUGCGGCCCCGCCGUGCACGUGAAGAUCAAGGAGCUGUACAGACGCCGCUUCCCCGCCAAGAUGGUGUCCCCCUCGGAGCUGGCCCCGCCCGUGCCGCACCGCCCGGGCUCCGGGCCCGGGGGAGGGGGCGCGGCGGCCCUGCCCGCCGGCCUCUCCCAGCUGGCCUACGAGGGUCUAGGCGGGGCCCCGUCGCCGGCCGCACUCCUGCCGCUUACCCUGCUGGGCCCCGGGAAGCAUGAGCUGAGCGGCCUGCCGCCGCACCACCACCUGCCCGCCUCGGCCUCCCUGCACCCACUGCACCCCGACGUCAAGCUGCAGAGGCUGCCCUUCUACGACCUGCUGGAUGAGCUCAUCAAGCCCACCAGCCUAGCUUCAGACAGCAGCCAGCGGUUUCAGGAGACGUGUUUUGCCUUUGCGUUGACCCCACAGCAGGUCCAGCAGAUAAGCGGCUCCAUGGACAUCUCGGGGACCAAGUGUGACUUCUCAGUUCAGGUUCAGCUGAGGUUCUGUCUGUCUGAGACCAGCUGUCCACAGGAAGACCAUUUUCCGCCCAAUCUCUGCGUGAAAGUCAACGGGAAGCCCUGCAAUCUGCCGGGUUUUCUUCCUCCAACCAAAAACGGCGUGGAGCCAAAGCGCCCCAGCCGCCCUAUCAACAUUACCUCCCUGGUGCGGUUGUCCACCACCGUGCCCAACACCAUCGUGGCGUCCUGGACCUCAGAGAUCGGACGGCAAAUGGUGAUGAGCCUGCGCGUGUCGGAGCUGCAGGUACUGCUGGGCUACGCCGGGCGCAACAAGCACGGACGCAAGCACGAGCUGCUGACCAAGGCCCUGCACCUGCUGAAGGCCGGCUGCGGCCCCGCCGUGCACGUGAAGAUCAAGGAGCUGUACAGACGCCGCUUCCCCGCCAAGAUGGUGUCCCCCUCGGAGCUGGCCCCGCCCGUGCCGCACCGCCCGGGCUCCGGGCCCGGGGGAGGGGGCGCGGCGGCCCUGCCCGCCGGCCUCUCCCAGCUGGCCUACGAGGGGCUAGGCGGGGCCCCGUCGCCGGCCGCACUCCUGCCGCUUACCCUGCUGGGCCCCGGGAAGCAUGAGCUGAGCGGCCUGCCGCCGCACCACCACCUGCCCGCCUCGGCCUCCCUGCACCCACUGCACCCCGACGUCAAGCUGCAGAGGCUGCCCUUCUACGACCUGCUGGAUGAGCUCAUCAAGCCCACCAGCCUAGCUUCAGACAGCAGCCAGCGGUUUCAGGAGACGUGUUUUGCCUUUGCGUUGACCCCACAGCAGGUCCAGCAGAUAAGCGGCUCCAUGGACAUCUCGGGGACCAAGUGUGACUUCUCAGUUCAGGUUCAGCUGAGGUUCUGUCUGUCUGAGACCAGCUGUCCACAGGAAGACCAUUUUCCGCCCAAUCUCUGCGUGAAAGUCAACGGGAAGCCCUGCAAUCUGCCGGGUUUUCUUCCUCCAACCAAAAACGGCGUGGAGCCAAAGCGCCCCAGCCGCCCUAUCAACAUUACCUCCCUGGUGCGGUUGUCCACCACCGUGCCCAACACCAUCGUGGCGUCCUGGACCUCAGAGAUCGGACGGAGCUACUCCAUGGCAGUGUACCUGGUGAAGCAGCAGUCGUCCACUAUCUUGUUACAGAGGCUACGCUCCAAAGGCAUCAGGAACCCAGACCACUCGCGAGCACUCAUCAAAGAGAAGCUCACAGCAGACCCGGACAGUGAGAUAGCCACCACCAGCCUGCGGGUGUCCUUACUUUGCCCGCUGGGCAAGAUGCGUCUGACCAUCCCGUGCCGGGCACUCACCUGCUCCCACCUGCAGUGCUUCGACGCCACACUGUACCUGCAGAUGAACGAGAAGAAGCCCACCUGGGUGUGUCCCGUCUGCGACAAGAAGGCGCCCUAUGAGCACCUCAUUAUCGACGGGCUCUUCAUGGAGAUUCUGAACAGCUGCACGGACUGUGACGAGAUCCAGUUCAAGGAGGACGGCUGUUGGUCCCCCAUGAGGUGGAAGAAGGAGGUGCAGGAGGUGUCGUCUGCUUCCUACAGCAACGGAGUGGACGGCUCCUGCAGGACGUCGUCGGCAGAGCAGCGCACCUCAGGGGGGGGUGGGGGCGGCAAGAAGGUUGAGGUGAUCGACCUGACGCUGGACAGCUCGGAGGACGACGUGGCGGAAGAAGACGACGACGACAACUACGAGAGCCAAGAUUCGCCCGCACCCCCUCCCCCGCCGCCUCCGCUCCCGCCCCCCGCCAAGCGGCCCUGCCCGUCCCGCUCGCCCACCUCCCCGUCCGUCAACCACAAGGGGGUAUUGAACCUGCACCAUCCGUCCCCACCACUCAGCCGCACUCCCAGCAUGCAGAGUGUGGAUGCCAGCUACAUCCCCCCUGUACCUCCCCUCAUACAGGACUACAGACCCUACUACCACACGCCCACCGAUCUGUCAGAUUUGAGCUUCUUCUCCUUCCUGCAAGGGGACAAUCAUCAGCACUACAACAUGGUGAUGGCUGCGGCCGCCGCCGCCUCGUCCUCCGAGGACCACGAGCUGCUCCUGAACCGCUUCCUGCCCUACAGCACCGCCGCCGCCGGCUCCGCCUCCUCCGCCGCCUCCCAGCUGUUCCUCGACCAAUCGGGCAGCUCUGGGGGCGGGCACUUCUCCGCCCCGCCCACCAACGGCAGCAGCAGCAGCAGCAGCACGGGAGGCGGCGGCGGCGGCGGCGGCGGCGGGAGCCUCGGCUGCCUGCGGGACGCGUCCUCCUCGUCCACGCACUCGUCCACGCACUCGUCCUCGUACGCACACGCGCAGUCGCACGCGCACCCCGGGGUGUUGGUGGGCCGGGGCGGGGCCGAGGCCAGCACGGCCAUUUACGGCGGCAUACCGGACAUCAUCUCACUGGACUGA